CCAUACAUUUUUGCACUUUCGCAUUUGUUCUCCUUUGCACCAUACAACAAUUAGCAAAAGACGGAACAAAUGGGUCGGUGUCAUAUAUUUGAACUACUCCGCGUCUCACCAUUCACCGGUGACCGCCGCCGGCUCGCAUCAAAACCCCUAUUUAACUGAUUUCAUCGUCACCUAAAAAGCGGCGAUUGAAAUUUGAGUUUUUGAAUUUAAGGCAAGUAGUUGAGCCCUUGCAAAUGAGCUGCUUUUGAAUGCUAAUGGACUUACAGCUAAAUCAUCUCUUCAUUUUUGUUCCUCACCACUCACCGGAACACAGUUACCGGUAACCGCCGCCGGCUCGCAUCGACACCACCGCCGCUUCCGGCCGUCCGACGUCCUCAGCGAAUACCCUAUUCAACUGAAAUCACGCGUUUCAGCGUUCGUCGUCCAAUUUUGACCGGAAAAGCGGCGAUCGAAAGCUACAGCAGCGGCAAUUGAAAUUUGAGUCUUCAAUUUUAAGAUAAUGGCAGCAAGAUGGAAAGGAAAAACAGCCGAAGCAAAAGCCCUAGCGGAGCCCAUGUCCACAAUAGUUUCUCGGCUCCAAUCCUCUUUGAUUGAAUCCAAUUCUCAAGGAAUCCUUUCAGGGAGCAGCGUUCUUCUUGCAGCACACGAAGAACAAACCGAGCUUUUCAACCACACGUGUUUCGGCCGUCCCGUUAUCACCACAGAGAAGAACAAGCAGUGGUUUCAACUAUGCCUCGAGGAAGCUUUUUACCUCUGCACCGUAAUGAAAUGCAUCAAGAUUGUAGGUCAAAAUAGCUGCGUAAAAAACGAGGAACAGCUGUGGGAUUACAUGUCGUCCAAGAGAGUGAAUUUCCCGAUUCUGUAUAAAGCGUAUUCGCAUCUUCGUUCGAAGAACUGGGUGGUUAGGGCGGGGUCUCAGUACGGUGCUGACUUUGUUGCCUAUCGGCACCACCCGGCUUUAGUGCACUCUGAGUACGCUGUUAUUGCCUCUUCUGCAGAAGAAGGAAACGAAAAUGGACGUUUGAAGGUUUGGUCUGAUUUUCAUUGCACUCUUCGUCUCUGUGGCAGUGUUGCAAAAACGUUGUUGGUUCUCCACAUUAGCAGAAACUGUAACGAUUGUGACGGUGCUAGUUCUUCUCCUUGGAAUAUUAAUUAUUACAGCGUCGAGGAAAGAAUCGUUGCCAGGUGGAAUCCCGAGCAAAGCCGGGAGAAUUGUACGGUUGCAGAGAAGGAAUCGUGUGUUUGAUGAAAUGCUUUGUGGUGUUAUCGUAUCUUUUCUAACUCUAGUCCAUCUUGGCGAAUCAGCUGAGCCCUUUUAAGGGCAAAUGAGCUGCUUGUGAAUGCUAAUGGACUUACAUCCAAAUCAUCUCUUCCAUUUUUGUUCAAUGUUACUCGAAACUCAAUCAGUGACGUUUGCAGGUCAGUUGCGGUGAAACAUAACUAGCUGUUUAUAGCAAUUCCGAAUCUUGUGUCUUUUAGGUGUUUGAUGAAAUGUUUUGUGGUGUUAUUUUAUCUUUUCUAGUCCAUCUUGGCAAAUCUUUGAAUGCUAAUGGACUUACAGCUAAAUGCCUCUCCUGUUUGUAUUCAAGGUUACUCGAAGUUUAUUCGGGUAGCUAAUUAGUGGAGAUGAAAAUUUAAAUAGACUGAAUUAUUUUUUCUUCCCCUUUUUAUUUGGUGAUUUAAGUUUUGAUUAUAUAUUUGCAGAAGAAUUUAAUGGUGUUCUAUG